AUGAGCCUUCCUAUACGCGGCCAUUAUUCUUUCCCUCCACCAUGCAGCACCACGACCCAAGAACAAGAAACGACCUGCAACGAUACUGAGACCACAUCACAGAAUCAUCUCCAACGCAGUUCACCACCCCUCCAACCAGGGGAGCAAAACUUUCCAGGAAAACUCCCAUCAUUUGAUGAGUUUGUCCAAACGACAAUUGAGAGGACACCACCACACACACCUUCGCGCAGGAAUGAGAGCACAGAGAACUCUCCGCGUGUACGCCCACAGUUUGAUGACGUGGCCUGGUCCGACACCAAGCGCAGACGUGUUGACACAUUGGGUGACAUCUAUGCUCGCCCAUCCAACGCUGCAGAAUUCCCACCGGCUGACUCCCGCCGUGCAAGCGCGGCUAUCGAUCCUGCACUGUAUUCUACAGACCCUACUCGCGCUCGACAGCACUCAGCAGGUCCCAGUCACCAUCGUCCAAGUUUGCCUUACCCUGCUCCUGCGCCAUCACAACAUGCGCGGCAUCAGUCGCAACCCGUCGCCCAGGGUCACUCAUCUUUUCAGCAACCUCCAAUGCACGCACAUAGGGUAGUCGUACAGAACUCAUUUGCACAGCCUCCUCAAGCAGGAAUGAUGUAUGAGCGAAGGCCAAGCUAUUAUCAGGAUCCUCAGAUGCAACAGCACGCCUACCAGUACGAUGACCGCCGCGAAUCAGUUUACUACGCCAACCAGCAGUACGCUGCCCCACCACCCGCAGGAUACGAGCACAACUACUAUGACGUCCGGUUCCAGCAACACGUUGGGGUUGAUCACAACGCCUUCAACCGUAAGCGACGCGGGAACUUGCCAAAGGAAGCCACCAACAUCCUGAAAGAAUGGUUCAGUGCAAAUCGCGCAUCGCCCUAUCCGACUGAAGACCAGAAGCUUGAGCUUUGCCGAAUGACAAACUUAUCCCUGAACCAGGUCAGCAACUGGUUCAUCAACGCACGCCGUCGCGCCCCACAGAAGGAGCAACGAGAGCGCGAGUCGAACGCCAGCAAUGAUCAGUAG